UAGAGAGUGGAGCAGCCCCGGAAGUAGCUCCGGCGGGGUCCGCCUUCCUUCCGGUUCCGGCUUGGCGAGAGUGCGUUGUGGCGACAUGAAGCUGCUCACCCACAACUUGCUGAGCUCGCAUGUGCGGGGGGUGGGGCCCCGUGGCUUCCCCCUGCGCCUCCAGGCCACCGAGGUCCGCAUCAACCCUGUGGAGUUCAACCCCGACUUCGUAGCGCGUAUGAUACCCAAAGUGGAAUGGGCGGCGCUUCUGGAGGCAGCCGACACCUUGCAUCUGAUUGAGGUGCCCAAAGAGCCUAUUGAGGGAUAUGAGCAUGACGAGGAAUUUCUGAGGAAGAUGCACCACAUACUGCUGGAGGUGGAGGUAUUGGAGGGCACGCUGCAGUGCCCAGAGUCUGGACGUCUGUUCCCCAUCAGCCGGGGGAUCCCCAAUAUGCUGCUGAGUGAUGAAGAAACGGAGACUUAAAACUGUGCCAGACACCAGUUUUUCCGUUGUGACUGUGUGUAUCUUUGUUUACGUAUAUCCUGUUGGCUAGUUCCGUUCUGUGUAUCUCCGAUCGUUGGCCCAGUGACACACCGAACACAUAGUGUUCUUGAGCUCGAUAUAUUUUUUUUCUCAUUAAAGGUUCAAAACCAAAA